UCGUUUGCCACCGUCCCUCCCCGCACGUCCGUCGCGAGGGAAGAACUAAGAAGCUCUCCUUUCUUCUUCUUCUUCUUCUUCUCCAAUCUCCCCCUUCUCCCUGUCCAAUCCUUCCACUUCCUUCGAUUCCUCUCUCUUUCUCUCUAUCUUUCUUGCAACCUCCGCCGCUUGUUUCUCUUUCAUCUCGAACAUCCGCGAGCGAGCCGGCGACGGUCAUAGCGUUGUUCGCCGAAGAGAAUGGGCGUGGAUUACUACAACAUACUCAAGGUCAACCGGAACGCGAGCGAUGACGACCUCAAGAAGGCCUACAAGCGACUCGCCAUGAUUUGGCACCCGGACAAGAACCCCACCACCAAGAGAGCCGAGGCGGAGGCCAAGUUCAAGCAGAUUUCCGAGGCCUACGACGUCCUCAGCGACCCUCAGAAGCGCCAGAUCUACGAUUUAUACGGCGAGGAAGCUCUGAAAUCAGGGCUUUUCCCCCAGCCUGCCCCGGCCUCUUCUUCCGCUCCUUCCACCUCCGCCCCAGCCAAUCGCCAUUAUUAUCAGCGCCAGCACCCCAAUCCUGCCUUCAGGUUUAAGCCCAGGGACGCCGCCGAUAUUUACGAGGAGCUGUUCGGUCACGAGGCCGGCGGUUCCGCAGCGAAUGGGGCUGGAGGUGGAGCGGCGGGAGGUGGGAGAGGGUUUUUUAGGACUAAUACUCAUUAUCAUGGAAAUGGAGGAGAGAUGAGGAAAGCGGCCCCCAUUGAGAAUUUGUUGGGUUGUAGCCUGGAAGAGCUUUACAAAGGUGUAAAGAAGAAGAUGAAGAUUUCCAGAAAUGUCUUCGAUGCUGCUUCUGGAAAGGUUCGCCCUGUUGAAGAGAUACUGACAAUCGAGAUAAAACCCGGUUGGAAGAAAGGUACAAAAAUCACAUUCCCUGAGAAAGGCAACCAAGAGCCUGGCAUUGUCCCUGCUGACGUGAUUUUUGUGGUGGAUGAGAAACCACAUCCGAUAUUUAAAAGAGAUGGCAACGAUCUGGUGAUCAACCAUGAGAUUACCCUUCUUGAGGCCCUCACGGGUGGAACCUUGGACCUAGUUACACUGGAUGGCAGAAACCUUAUGAUCUCGCUCACCGAUAUAGUCAAACCUGGUGCUGAAGUGGUCGUCCCAAAUGAAGGAAUGCCUAUCUCGAAGGAAGCAGGCAAGAGAGGGAAUUUGAGGAUCAAGAUGGAUGUGAAUUACCCAUCAAGGCUUACUGCAGAACAAAAAUCUGAGCUGAGAAGAGUUCUGGGGGGAGUUCCGUAAUACUUCAAUUGGGAGAAGGUCAGAUAACAGCUAAGAAUUUGGGAUGUACAUAUAGUCGAGGUAUGUCAGGUUAGGAUAUAAAGUCUAGGGAAUGGUUGAGUGGGAUGUUUGGGGAAAAUGUUGUCCUGGUAAUGGCUAACUGAAGUUAACUGGUAGGAUGAGCAAAUGUCAGGCUGACAUUUGCUGGUUGGUGUCACUAGCAUAUGAUUUUGGAUAGUGGAUACAACGCUCCACCGGGUUUACUUCUACCACAGCCACCGGUGAUGGUUUGUGAAUGGAUUGUUUUGAGUUUUGAAGAUUUAGAAUCUAAUUGAUCACUGUUGGCGUUGAUGUUCUUAUACGGGCAAGUGUUCGAUUGACUGACGCUUGGAUCAUGUGGACUGGAGUACAUUUCCCCUGAUCAUGGUUGGUUUUUAAUUUCAUGCCCUUUUGGAGCUGUGAGAUUGCACUUGCUUACCUUAUGCUCAGCACCUGUGUUGGCUUGUAAAGAUGGCAUACGUUGGUUAAUUGAAUCAUCCUUGGUUGCCUUUCAAAGUUGGCAGAGCUGUUGCGUUUAACAUGCUCUUGAGGGAAGAUCGUUGAUAUAGUGUAAGAAAGAUGAGUGACGGGAGG